GCGUAAACGUUGGAAUCCCUGGAGUGUCACGGAACGAGGAAUGGGAUGGCCACAAGAAAGAGCUUUUCGAGCCGGCUUCCACUGGAAGGACGCACACCAGCGAGUGGAAGGCAGCGUGUCGUCCGGAGCGAAAUUUGUCCUUACCACCUGCAAAUCGCACUCGUAUUGCCGUGUUGCAAAGUCGUACCGGCACCUGUAGGACACCGACCUUAACAAGUUUUUUGCGGGCAUUGGAGUAGGCGUCGAAGGAACGGAGCCAUAAUUGCCGUUAUCUGCUGGGCCUAACACGAACUGCCGGAAGCCACGACGAUUUGGCUUCUACCGCGAACAUCCAGCCGACAUUGGCCGUGUCGAUUAGCAUCUUCAGGUCCUGUCCACAUUUCCCAGAGCCAGGCCUGUUCACCUGUAGAAAUGCGUAUCGUAGCUCUCCGAUAGCAGCAUUUUUGUCAAGUCAUGUACUUUCACAGGUAUCUUCAAACAGCAAAAGUAUCGGACGUAAUGCAAUCAUAGCGAUACACCUGAUGAUUCGCUUUCUUAUCGGGUGUAAUGCAUUCGAGGGAAUCCUUUGUGGACUUGGAAAUCAGUACGUCAGUCUCCAUUUCUCGGUCCAAGCAGCAAACGGUCUCCGGUAAAAGAUUCCUGAGCCAGAAUGACCUCGAUGCGACUCCUAGCCAUGCUCUUAUUGCUGACUGUGACUGCAAUUCAAGCGUUAAACCUCCGCAACGGCGAUAGCUCCGUCCGAACCGUCUCCGGCACUGCUGGCAGUGGUGCUUCCGACACUUCCGAGCACAGUUCCGACAACGUCACACAGGACUCGCCUCCAGUCUCCAGCGUCUCGCAAGGAUCAAUCGAGAGCAAAAGCGCCGUCGUAGAGGAAGAGAUCGACGGUGUCAGGGCGUGGGCGCAGUGCGGCGGACUGUAUUACCUGGGCGAGACCAAGUGCCAGCAGCACACCUUCUGCAAGCAGCUGAGCGAGUUCAUCUCGGUCUGCUUCCCGGAAUCGAGGCCUACGGAAAAAGUCAUUCGACUUGAGCUUUAGAAAGUCCAUAGCGUAGCAUAGCUAGUGGUGAUAUGAAGGUAUGAAGUAACUAUUCCUAAUGUUAUUGAAGGCAACGGCCUCGAGGAACGAUGUUACGAUGGAGUUCGGUCAUAUUUCCGAGCGGCUCGAAGCGUGCCGAAUGCAGCUUCUUCGUCAUUUUAGCGUGGUGGUCGCGGCUGUAGGCACUCAAGACUUAACCGCACAGAAGCAGCCCGACACUGGAUCUUCCUAGACCGUGUGGAUUCUCGAGUUUCGACUCCGACACCGCAGCCGGCAACCUGCAUGUAUCCACAAUGGACAGUGACAGCGCGGCAGCAUUUGCACCUAGCUUGACGGCGCUGCUUAUCACCAACGGCGUCAAGAUGCUCGACCAGUGCGACGGGAUCUUUACCGAGUGCUACGACCCACAAUUCGUCCGUUGCCAAACGUCACAACCGCCCAAUGCCGAUACAUUUCGUCAAAACAACCCAGUUUCAUUCAGCCAUUUCAACGUUUAAACCACACUACUUGUUGAAAAGCAUCUUACGAAAGUCCUCGUUGCUCUUCGGCGUCACUGCAGCAGACACAUUCUUGGCCGUGUUAUCCUGAGCUGCUAGCUUCCGACGUAGCGCACGUGGCAUCAAACUCGUUGUCGAUCCAGUAGACGGAAGAGCGAGUCGCGUAGACGGCUUGGCAUGCGGCUGACUACCCACUUUACUGCUCGAUUGCCGCUGUUUCUGCUUUUGCUUCUCCUGUUGCUCGAGAAUGUGGGAAAUCGAGAAACGAGAAGGCUUCAUCGUCACUUGAUCACCCAGUUUGGACUGUAACGCAGCAACAUUCGCUAGACAGAAAGUAGCUUGAGAAGACUCCGCCACUUCCACCAGUCCAUAGUUCUUCCGUUUACCAUGCCGAUCCUUCAAUAUCGACACACGAGUGACCACAACGAGCUCACCUGCUGCUUGCAUCGACUGCUGUAGAGCCACUUGUAGCUGCUCUUCCGUCACCUGAUCUUUAGAUCCUUCGCGGUUCAAGUCGCCAAUAUACAGCGUCAAUGGAUCAGGCUUCCAGAAACCUUCACCGCCCGAGGGCUUAGACGGUGUAGACGCAGAGGUUGGAGGAGGUUUUGAACGCUCAACACGCAGUGGAUGCCCAUGGAGCAGGAAUCCGUCUCGUUUAAGCCCCUCUUCAACACCGGCAUCGUCCAAAAACUGCACGUACGCCAUCCCACGCGACUUGACACGAUCACCGCGAGUCUUGACGACAAGACGGACAUCCUUUAAGGUCGGAAUGUCCCUAAACAGCGCCUCGAUAUCUCCUUUACUCGCUUCUUUCGACACGUUACACAUGAAGAGCGUGUGCUCAUUCGUCAGACUCUCGUGGAUUUUCUUCUUCUCUGCGGGUUUAGAUACUUUCUCGGUAAUACCCACGGCUUCGGUAGUCGUAGGCUUCGCACGUUUAGCUGGUUUCUGCGCGUUCUUCGACUGUUUACCGGUAUCAGCCUUUCGUUUCUUAGCGUUCUUAACCUUCUCAUCUCCAGUGGACACAAUAACUUGAGCAGGAGUUUGAGACGUGCGGUGUUUCAUAUGAUACCGUCGUGCACGCAGAUAAUUCGUCAAGUCUCCAUUUUCACGCUCAAAGACAAGCCACGACUCAGCGAGGGUCAGUGGGUAGUCUUUAACACGUUUCAGUGCCUCGUCGAAUACCAUUGUGCGUAUACUGCUCA